AUGCCGUACCAGCUCGUCAUCUUUGACUUUGACGGCACCCUGUUCGACACCUACGAUGCCAUCGAGCACUCCAUCCAGUUGACCUUGCAACGCCUCCUGCCCUCCCAUCCUCCGCCUUCGUCCAGCGACAUUCGCCCGCUCGUCUCCACCGGCGCGCCUCCCGGGGACACCUUUCGCAGUCUACACCCCGAUCCCACCACCUUCGACGAGUCUCUCUGGAUCCGCAUUUACCGCGAGCUGUAUGCUAUCCAUGGCCAAUCCCGUACGAGUCCCUAUCCCGCCGCUCGCGACGUCCUACAAGCGUUGCACGACCGGAAUCAACCCAUGGCCAUCAUCAGCAACAAAGCUGCGGUCGCAGUGAAGGCGGCCCUGGAGAAGACCGACCUGCUGCAGUUCUUUCCAGAUUCCCUCAUCCUGGGUCAUGGUGUGGCCGGCGUCCAGCGCAAGCCGGAUCCGUCCAGCUUCACAGACGUGCUCUGGCCGAACUGGAAGGCUCUCGGGGCGCCCGAUGCUGUGGAGGCGGAGCGCGUGCUGAUGGUCGGAGACACAUUGACGGACAUCCUAUACGCAAGAAACAUCGGGGCACAGGUGUGCUGGUGUCGGUACGGUCAGGGCGACGUUGAGGAGUGCCAACGGCUACAACCGGAUCACACUGCGGAGACACUAGAAGAUGUGCUUAAGAUCGUGGAGGGCAGAUCGUGA